GACAUCACUUUUAGAACUAGACAACUUCGUGUUUUGUGCAGAGACUUAUCUCGUUUCUCUGAAGUGCCCCGAAUUUUACUUUCCUCAGCAUAAAAAUAAAAAAAAAGAUUUGUUACUACAAAUUCAAUAUAAAAAAAUGCCUCUGCGAAUAAUACGAAUGAAAUUAGCAUCAAAAUGGACUUCAUCCACAGUGGCUUAUGGAACUGGCGCAUGGUUAUCACUGCUGUACUUUACAGACUGGAAAGUAGUGGUGCGAUAUAUUCCAUUCUAUGGUACCAAGUUUCAAGAAUAGGUUACGAGAUCAUUCAAUAACAUUAUGUAAUAGUUUUAUUGGAACGAUAGAGAUUCUAUUGUAUCAUGCUAUAUUUAUAUCCGAUCUGUUUAUUUAAAUUAUAAAGCAUUAAUAAAGAAACAUAUGUAAAA